AUGGCGCUGGGGCCGCGGCAGCCGCUGGCGCCAGUGCUCGCGAUGAUGCUGGCUGACGCCAGUGCCAGCGCAGGCGCCGGCGCUGGUGCAGGCCAGGCCGCUGGUGAUCGUUCCGGCCAGCAGCACGCGCGGGCCGCCGCGGGCGCAUGCGCCGGCGUGGUAGCCUGGCGGGGCACUCAAGACGGCGGCGCUGGUGGCGCGCUGCGAGGCUCCCCAAGUGUCCUGCCAGUCCCACUGGUAGCGCAGAGCAGGCUGGGAGCCCGCUGCCCCAGCCUGGACGGUGCGGAGGCUGCCAGCUGGGGAGUGGGGAUUUUGUGCACCACGUGGCUGAGCUCUCACCUGACGAGCUUGGCAGUUGAUUCCUGA